AUGCGUGAAAUUUGUCAUUUACAAGCUGGCCAAUGUGGAAAUCAAAUCGGUGCAAAGUUUUGGGAAGUCAUAUCCGAUGAACACGGCAUUGAUCCAACCGGAUCAUAUCAUGGAGAUUCUGAUCUACAACUUGAACGAAUCAAUGUCUAUUAUACUGAAGCGCUCGGGGGUAAGUAUGUACCUCGAGCCAUUCUKGUGGAUUUGGAACCCGGUACCAUGGAUUCUGUAAGAUCGGGUCCUUUCGGUCAAAUUUUCCGCCCAGAUAACUUUGUGUUCGGACAAUCUGGGGCGGGCAAUAAUUGGGCCAAAGGACAUUAUACGGAAGGUGCGGAGUUAGUGGAUUCAGUUUUAGACGUAGUCAGGAAAGAAGCAGAAAGUUGCGACUGCUUGCAAGGGUUCCAACUGACCCACUCGUUAGGCGGCGGAACUGGAUCCGGAAUGGGCACACUUUUAAUAUCUAAAAUUCGUGAGGAAUAUCCGGAUCGUAUUAUGACAACAUACAGUAUUGUUCCUUCACCCAAGGUAUCGGAUACCGUAGUGGAACCGUACAACUCCACAUUAUCCGUGCACCAGCUGGUGGAGAACACCGACAAAACGUUUUGUAUCGACAACGAAGCGCUGUAUGACAUUUGUUUCCGGACUCUAAAGCUCACCACGCCCACGUACGGUGACUUGAACCACUUGGUGUCGGCGGCCAUGUGCGGCGUAACCACGUGCUUCCGGUUCCCCGGUCAGCUCAACUCCGAUCUCCGAAAGCUGGCCGUCAACAUGGUGCCGUUCCCGCGCCUACAUUUCUUCAUCACCGGGUUCGCGCCGCUCACRUCCCGCGGCAGCCAACAGUACCGCGCACUUACCGUCCCUGAGCUGGUACAGCAGAUGUUUGACGCCAAAAACAUGAUGGCAGCGUGCGACCCACGCCACGGCCGGUACCUGACGGCCGCCAGCAUAUUCCGCGGCCGCAUGUCCAUGAAAGAGGUGGACGAGCAGAUGCUCAACGUGCAGACGAAGAACUCCAGCUACUUCGUCGAAUGGAUACCCAACAACACGAAAACGGCGGUGUGCGACAUACCACCMAGGGGCCUAAAGAUGUCGGCCACGUUCAUUGGCAACACCACAGCCAUACAGGAGAUGUUCAAGCGCGUGUCCGAGCAGUUCACGUCCAUGUUCCGGCGCAAGGCUUUCUUGCAUUGGUACACCGGCGAA